AUGAAAGCGAUCAACUUUGCGGGCGGUUGGCGCGCAAGGGUGUCGUGCAGAGGCUUGCAGCCUGACGUCGAUUCGUUUAAGACGAAGUUGGGUGCUCAUGCGAUGGUCAAGCCUGUGCAUGAUGAUGAUCGUGAACAAGAGCAAACGGCUCGAAAACGCAUCCUGGAGGACGUGGCAGUGACGAAGAAGGGGGCAGAGGCUGCCAUUGCCUUGGCAGCUCUUUUGCCGGCUGCAAGGAUGCGGAUCACCAGUGCACGUUUGCAAGAUGCUCAACGCAGCGUCGUGGACAAGGUGGAUGAGCCAGCAAAUGCGGAGGAGGAAGAGGUGUGA